UAUAAUUAAAAAUUUAUAACAUCAUUCAGUGACACUUAAAUUAUAUUCACAUAAGAAGACAGGUUGUGAGUUGUAAUUCUCAUAAAGUUGUUUUGUUGAUCCGCAACGAUUUGUUUAAAGGGCUCCUCCAAAGAUGGAAAACUGGUUACUUAAAGCUGUAUUAACUGCAUCAGCGGCAAUUGUCUCCUGCUACCAAAUAUACAAAAGUCCCUGCAGGCGUUACUCUGUUUUCAAAAUAACGGACAGAGGACAAAAGGCUACUGGGGGACUUAUUACAACAAUAAGUGCCCCAUCUUUGUCAUUUUGCCUUAAAGGUUGCUUGGAUGUGUCCGAAUGUAAAUCGUUUAAUUUCAAAAAAGGUUCAAAAGACAACUGCGAACUUUUGUCUUUAACAAGACUUUCAGGCACAACUUUGGCAGAUGGCUGGAAUCAUUAUGAGCCCGUACAUCAAACGAUAACUCCUGGCUGUCUUGCUGCAGGGACAUCCACUGCAUGUCCCCCAGGGUAUAUAUGUGAAGACUCGUGCGAAACAAAUAGCAGAUUUAAAUGCAUUGACAUUGAUGAAUGUGCGAGCUUUCCCUGCAAAAAUGGAGGAACAUGUCAAAAUCUUGUCAACGAAUUCAAAUGUAUAUGCAAGCCUGGAUAUGCUGGUGUCAGUUGUGGAAAUGACAUAAACGAAUGUGCCAGUGGUCCAUGUUACAACGGAGGAAAUUGCAAUAACUACAUCAAUUACUACACAUGCUCCUGCAUCAAUGGUUAUUCUGGAUCAAGAUGCCAAACAGCUCCACCACCACCACCUCCUCCACCUCCUCCACCUCCGCCUCCAUCGGGUGGAUGGUGUUUCCAUCAGUUCAAUGAAUACUUCUUCUGGGAAUGGUGGGCUUUGACUGAGUGUAACAUUUCAUUUUGCUGUCAAUGCAUUAGGAUGGUUACCUUAACCAUCUUCGUGCUUUUUUCAUUGGUAUGCAUGGAUGAAGGAAGUUAUGAUAUACACAGAAGCCCUUGUCGAAGACAUGCCAUUUUUAAAAUAACAGAUAAAGGUAAAAAAGUCGCUGACCAGCUGAUUGCAGUACACAGUUCGAAAUCUCUAGCAUCUUGCCUUAAAAACUGCCUAGAUGUUUCGAAUUGCAAGUCAUUCAAUUUCAAACCAAAUGCUUUGCAAAACGACUGUGAGCUUUUGGAAUCAACACGAGCUUCUGGAUCUUUAGUUGGUGCUGAUGGCUGGAACCAUUAUGAACCAGUUAGUCAAUCGGUAACUCCUGGCUGUCAGGUGCUGAGUGUGGACUCUACAGCAUGUGCAGCUGGCUAUAUAUGUCAGGACGUGUGUGAGACGAACAGACGGUUCAAAUGUAUUGAUAUAAACGAAUGUGCAAGCAAUCCUUGUUAUAAUGGAGGAACAUGCAACAAUAAUAUCAAUCAUUAUUCCUGUUCUUGCAAAAAUGGCUAUACCGGAACGAGAUGCGAGACAGAUAUCAACGAAUGUGCAAGCAGUCCUUGCUAUUAUGGAGGGACAUGCAGCGAUAACAUCAAUCAUUAUUCCUGUUCUUGCGUGAAUGGUUACACCGGAACAAGAUGCGAGACAGAUAUCAACGAAUGUGCAAGCAAUCCUUGCUAUAAUGGAGGAACAUGCAAUAAUUAUGUCAAUUAUUAUUCCUGUUCUUGUGCAAACGGUUACACCGGAACAAGAUGCCAGACAGAUAUCAACGAAUGUGCAAGCAGUCCUUGCUAUUAUGGAGGGACAUGCAGCGAUAACAUCAAUCAUUAUUCCUGUUCUUGCGUGAAUGGUUACACCGGAACAAGAUGCGAGACAGAUAUCAACGAAUGUGCAAGCAAUCCUUGCUAUAAUGGAGGAAGAUGCAAUAAUUAUGUCAAUUAUUAUUCCUGUUCUUGUGCAAACGGUUACACCGGAACAAGAUGCCAGACAGAUAUCAACGAAUGUGCAAGCAAUCCUUGCUAUAAUGGAGGGGGAUGCAACAAUUAUGUCAAUUAUUAUUCCUGUUCUUGCAUAAAUGGUUACACCGGAACAAGAUGCGAGACAGGUAGUGAUGCACAUAGUUUCAAUCUAUUUUUUGUGCAAGAUAGAUAUCAAAUAAUAUUUUUUAUCUUGGACUUGAAAUAUAAAUAAAAGCAAAGGCUUUUUAGAUACACAACUUGACAACAAUUGCUACAAAAAGGUUCUUGCUACUAGUGAGAAAAAAUCAUGAAUAUUUCUAGCCAGCUUCAUCUAACGCAAUUAGCAUUAAGUACCAAAAAUUUUGGUGCAAUUAUCUUUCGAUAAAGUAGGGGAGACAGAAAUUGAUCUCACAAAAGUUUUUCUCUUCCACAGAAAUUUUUAAACCUGUUACUGAAAUUUUCAUCGAAAUUUCUAAAAUAUGACUGCAGAUUUUCCCCUUUACGCUAACGGUCGCCGUUAUUCCAGAAAGACAAAAAAAGAAAUUCAACUGAUUUUUGUUGUGAAUAGUAGCUACUAGUAUGGUGAUAUCUGUAAUAGGAAUUAAAUUCUGUUUCCAGUUAUAUUUAAGACGGGGGUGAGCGCCGAUCAUUUUUGCCCCUUUAUGCAGAGCAGCUAACAGUCAGUAUAAACCCCUUUUUUCCAGAAAAAACGAGAAAUGAUAUUCAACUGAUUUUUGUUGUAAAUGGUAGCUACUAGUAUGGUAAUAUCUUCAAUAGGAAUUAGAUUCUGUUUCCAAAAAUGGUUGAGACGACUGGGCAGUUUUUCGAAUCUUCAACCUACGCGCAAACCCGAAUCUGAAUUUGAAUCAGAUUUUGAAUCUGACUCUGCAGAAACGGAAGUAAAAACAUCAAUGGACUUAAGCCGGGCGAGCAGCACAUUUAGGUUUGGCGAUUGAAACGGGAGUCGCAGCAAACAGGUCCAGGUGCUGGAUGCUGCACCAAAUUAAAUUUAGUUCUUCACAUGAGAAGCUCAACGUUUGGAAAGAGCCUAAGACAGACACUGUCGGUUGUAGUAUAUAAUUCCAACAAUAUUGGAAUUUCUAUUUGGAUGUGGCCAAGGUCGAGUUCAGAUUGAAAGCGGAAAAGCAAAAAAAAUCAUUUUAUUAUAUAUUAACUUAUCUUAAAUAUUCUUAUUUCUGACAAUGACGACAACAUGAAUAAAACGUCAAGUUUCAUUUUAGCAUGUUGCAGAUAAUCUAGUUCCUUUUUCGAAUUUUCUUCGUCGUGAAUCGCCUAUUUUCAAAAGUCACCCUCCAUAUGUAAAGCCUUUAGUUGUUGCUCUGUGACCAAAUGUUAUAUGGGACAGGGCCAGUAAAACCAGGGGGUGGGGAGCCAUGCCCCCACUAUUGCCCAGAGAAAAGUAAGGUAUUUUAGAAAAAAGGAGAAUGAGAUGUAGUCGAUAAUUCUGUAGGUUAUUGUGCUUAUUAUUCCUUUCAAUAUCCUCUUGUUUAGUUUGUUUUUACACAAAAGACAGAAGGAAAAUUUAACACGGGAAUUUGCUUGAAGAAAGCGGUAGUUUUCCAAGUUUUACAACGAGCAACAACUUGGCUUAGAAAAUAGAUCAAGAAACCUGAUCCAGAAUACCUUGGCGCUAAAACAAAUAAAAGAGAUUUGCAUUUUCUAUGGCCUAAAAAUGGCUUACAAGGUCUAUUAUUUAACCGACAAACUCUCAAAGACGCGUUAAAAUAGAAAAAUUAGGUGUGGAAGGAAAAGAAACCGCUCGGAAAAAUUUUUUCGAGAUUAGAAUGAGAUAAACUAAUAAUCAACAGACUUGUUCUUUGCAAGUAUCGUCAAAAACACUUAGAAGUUUGAUUUUAUCGAUAAUCGAUUUAUGCUAAGAAAAGGGAAACAUCCCAAUUAAAAAACUGCAAACAAAUAUUUCGUGGUAGAAUGAUGGAGGUAGAAAGAAAAAAUAUCUUUUCUUUGAAAAUCUAGACGUAAAUGUAAAUUCUGAUAAAACUCAUUUUGACCAGCUAAGUUUGAAAGUUUUUCAAAUCUAGAGUCGUUCUUUGUUAAAAGCACUAAAUUCCCGGAAAUGUUAAGAUCAGAUUUUAAAAAAACCCAACAGUACAAAAUUUUUUAAUCUUUGAUUAUUAGAUUGUAGGUCUUCAAUUGAUAUUUAUUCGAAUGUUCAUUCAUUUUUAGUCCCCAUCCUAAUUCGGUUCUUUGCUUGAUUUUUUGCAGCUAUAACUUUGCAGCUAUAAAUAAGUUAUUCUAUAGCUUUGCAAGACCUUCCAAGUUUCAUGUCAAUAUUAGAAUGAGUGAAUCUAUAGAUCAAAGCGAUGAAAACACAAAGCCUAUCAUAACAGGCUUUGUGUGAGGUUUUCUGAAAUCUUUACAGCCUUUGAAUGUUCGAAUAAAUUGUUUAUAGCAUCAAACCAUUAAAUUCGUUACGAUUUCGACUUCUGCGCGUGCUAAGAAAAUUAGGCAUUUUCAUAGCAGUGUUGCUCAUAGAGAAGAAUUGCUUUUCGGUAAAGGAGAGACAAAACGAGAUAGAACCCCAAAGCCAGUUGCGGCUCGUGCAUCGAGGCUAGUAGGGUUCAGCCCCACCAAAGAUUUCCAAGAAUGAGCUCUAGAUUUACUUUCUUCAAUAAAAUAAACAUCCGAUAUAAUUUUGGCAUGUUUACUACUUUCUAUUUUCCUUAUGAGCCCAUUCUCUAGUUUGUUUAGGUCCCGCGUUUCUUUUGAAAACCAGGCAAAACCUGUAUCAUAAACUGUCUACUGAUUUCUGGGGCUAGCCCCAGACUAGGAGAGAAUGCACCAAUCAAGUACUUCUUAUGGCCCUAUUAUUCAAAUAAAAACUGCCUUCUGAUUGGCUUAAUCUACACCAAUCUGCAUUCUUCGGGGCUAGUUCAAGCUAGCAUCUAUCAAGAGCCGUUCUUAAACCAUGCUGGCUGGUAGAUUCAUGUUAAUUAGUGUGGGGUUACAGAACAUUCUCUUCCAAUUAUGUAACAAAGUGCUGAUUCGGCCAUUCUCGCUAUAGACUCUUUCAUGGAAGCAGUGUUGUAUAAUAUCCAAGAGGGUAUCCAAGCAGCAUCAUUUUUUUGUCUCCCUAUUUGCAAUGCGCAGGAGGAGCCUACCUUCUGGAUCAUUCAUAAAGCAUGUGACUCUGAAAAGUCUAUUUACAUCAGCUUAUAUAAGCAGUUUUCUUAAAUUUUACAAUCAAAAUACAGAUAAUUGAAGAUUCUUAUCCAAUUGUAGCGUUUUUGAGCCGCCCAUCUUAUUCGUAUUAGUGUUUUGAUUAUAUAUCGUAUCAAUUGGAAUAAUCCCAAUGAUCAAACCAAUAAUUGUCAUUACU